UAACCGAGGCAAGCCCGAACAAAUAUCUGCCUAUGUCUAAUAAUUGUCAGACACAAUAUCUUGAACGGGAACUGAUUAAACUCAUUUACGCAGCGCAACGGGUCGUUUAAGGUCUGGCAACAGCGGGAUUAAUAUAGAGUGUGAACGGUGAUGAUUUUUGCAGUAAUAUCAGCAGUGCUUUUACCUGUCAACCCGGAAUCCUUCAGUGUGACAGUGACAUUGAUGGUGAUGAUGGUGAAGAUGAUGAUGAUGCAUGCCGAGGAUGAGCUGAGCACAGCAGCAGCCACUGGGAACACGGGCCGUGUUCAGUUUUUAUUGUCGAUGGGGGUGCAGGUGAACCGCGUUAACAAAUUUGGAAGAACACCUAUACAGGUGAUGAUGAUGGGGAACACAACGUUGGCGAACAUGCUGCUUGAAUACGGAGCGGAUCCGAACGUGCCUGAUCCCGGGACCGGCAGCACUCCUCUACAUGACGCCGCCAGAACCGGAUUCAUGGACACCGUUCGGCUUCUAAUCCGCUUUAACGCCGAUCCUCAUGCAACGGAUCACAGCGAUUUCCGACCCGUGGAUGUGGCACGACAGACGGGGCAUGUGGACGUAGUUGAAUUUCUCAAUCGUUUUUAAAUGUGACUUUUAUUAAUUGUAUUUAUUACCUUAUAGAAAGUAUAUUUUAAGUAUAUAUGUGCACUACUAUUGUUAGGGUUCAUUACAGUGGACAUCUACCGACAUCAGUCGUUAAACAUAUCAAGUAUAGCCUACAUUUUCAUUGAGAUAAUUUUGGGCUGAAUUUUGUGCAAUUGAUUAUUAUUAUUAUUAAUAAUAAAAAUAAACUUUCA